AGACAUGUGCUCCCGUCUUGGUCUCAUUAGUGGCUGUCGCGGGAUUGUGGUGUGCUAGCUCCUUGCCUAGUAUGAAGUUUACGACGCUAACACACAGCAUGUUCACGCUUUUCCGCGCUAUAUGUCAUUUGCAUGACGGCCGAGUUGAAAACGAGACAUAUAGUGUUCUUUGCGUUUGUGUGUUGUAAAUUACUUUCUAUUGUGGAAGUUCUGGGAGUCUUAUUACGCGAGGAGUGCGAACGUAAACAUAAACACAUAUGUGUGUCUGAAAUUUUGAAUUACCCAUAAUGCCCUUUACGACUGAUAAGUGGGCUACACGGCCUGUGUGAAUCAGCUACCGUAUGUUGCGACGCUCUUUCGUGUGGUAGAAUGAUGCAUGGUGCGCGUUUAUUUCUGUACUGUUGUAAAAACCAUUUGUUUAUUCACUCAAUACAAAUGUACGGCUUCUUCGCUGCAGUACGGCUUAGUUGUGCGGCGAAGCAUACUAAAAGUGGGAGGGGGCCGCUAUCAGCCAGCAUAGUAUGUCCACUUAGGCGACCUCAGAGGCGGCGGGUGCGCGAGUGUAUAAUUUAAGAAGUCUUAUUAUGUCCAGUGACAGUGGAGAUCAUUAACUGUAGCACCAAAGUAGUGGACCACUACCAGAACAAAGGCAUGUAGUAUGCCCAUCUCAAUUCUUGUGCUUAUGCCAGUCUUCUUUUUUACAGCAAUAGCUGCUAUGGGCUAACUCCCCUGGUUGUUCCGAUGUCUACUGGUGUUGUCACUGGAAUUCCCGAAUUUCUUGCUAGAAUAUUGCAAAUAAAGUUCUCAUUGUGCUGCGAGGAUUCAAACAUACGAUCAAAAGAGUGGCAGUCCACAAUUCUACAUUUCAGCCACUCUGCUGAAGGUACAAUCGUGGUGAAUACUGAUACCGGAGAGCGUGAUCUAGCCAACAGGUGCCUAGAUUGGCUAACACUUGCUCAAUGUCUGCGUACUGUAUAUAGAGCUGGCAUCCACACCUUCAAGUUCUUACACAUGACCUUCCCACUUGUGAAGGCAGUCCUAUGUUAAGUUUUCUUCUUGCAUGUGAUGACAAUGAUUGAGUGCAUCUGCUUCAUUAAUCUUCUUCUAGUGCUUGGCUUCUCAGAUUUACUGGAUGGAGCUGUUGGUGUCUUGUUUUCCUCAAGCAAAGUGAGAGGCCUAGCAAUGGGUAGCCCAAAUAUAGAUUUGAGAAAACCAAAACGAAUUCAGCAGUAAGAAGCUAAAGGGUUGUUUUGGUGUGGAUCAGUGGCUAAGUCCGGAUAUGAAAGAGGAGGAAGAAAAGCCAAGUAUUUCCACUUCAACACUGAGGCACAACUCCCACAUAUAAAUACGACUCUUACUUAUUUUACUUUUUUAAUGAGAUUACCGACUUGCAUUGGCAAGUGUUCACUUCAACAAACACUGCAUGAAGUAAGCUUCCUGCACAUAUUUCACCAGCUACUGCAUCGUUGUUUCACAUUAUGAGUGAAACUGCAAUUUUCUUUAUGCCACAACUUGCCCAAUUUUGUGUUUUGCAGUAGGAUGUUAGCAGUGCUAUUAAGGCACUUAAAUACUCAUGAAUAGUAGUACAGAGAAAAUAAAGUAAGAAAGCAGUGGCUUUUUGUGCGUAGACUAUGCAUACACCUGGUGUUCUUAUGGUCAUUUUUUCCCUAUCCGCUAAACCAUUCUAAACAAGAAAAGUUUAUACACAGACCACAACUAAACCACGGGUAUCGUUGGUAAGCAAAGUAUAUUUAUUCGGUGACAUUUUCUGCAGCCCUGCUAUUGAGCUUUCCUUCCUUCUGUGCAGGUUCAUUAAGAAGUGAUGAUACAGUUUGACAAUUUUAAUUGUUGAAAGACUUAGCGAAACCUUUUUCGGGUUGUUUUUUCUUGGUUUCAGACUCUUCACAUUGCAUUUUAAGGCGUGCUUUCUGUGUUUGUUGCUUUUUCUUUACGGGUAGGGCAUGUCAACAUAUUUUACACCAUUUCAAGUAUGUGGUACCAUAGACUGUUCUUAGAUGGAGUCUUGCCCUUUCAUUCUGUACAAUAUGAUGUCGGUUUUUUGUGUUCAAGGCCGUUUUACAGCGUGAUUGUAGCAUUUUGCUAAGUUUUGCCUCUGUCACCCAAGCUUGAAAGAUUGCUACCCACUGGUGGUGGCAUGACACAUGUCGCGUUUCUUCUUCAAUGAAAGGAAGUCUAUCACUUAUCCUGUGCACUGUUUGUCUUUUGUGUCUUUGAAUUGCAAUUUGUUGCCUAUAUUUGCUCUUUUGUUGCAUUUCAGAUUAGGAAUGGUUAUCAUAAUUGACAUUUAACCAUAUUGCACACAAUGUGGAUGAUAUGUAAUUGGAAUAUAUGGCCACCAUAAAUAUAAUAGAAGUUAAUAAUUCAAGAAUAGUGCCUUUGCAUGGUGGUGCAGCCAUGAAUUGUGGCUAUAAGGUACCAGCGCUGCAGAUAGCACUGCUUGUGCAGAAUGUAGUUCAACUCUACUACUUUCAAACAUCAUUGUUUUUAUCUGCAUUUGUAUAGCUCCAGUUUCUGUGAACAACACACAUCUGGUGGAAGAGUGGCUUGCACCUGCAGUUGGGUCCAAUGCAUAGCCAAAUUUCUGCCUGUUUUCAUGUUAUUAGCAUAUUAGUAAAGGCAGUCGUUUUUACAGUAGCCUGUUUGCCUAGUGUAGAAGCCGCUGCAGGGUGUCAGGAUCUCAUACACAUCUUCAGCUUUGCAGGGGACACAGCAUCUGGCACAUAGUUUGUCACAGGCCAUGUAUUCGGGGCAAAGGGAGAACCAAGCUUCUCGGAUAUGAAGUAAACCGCCUGUAUACUCAGUGGCCUUCAUUUCGUGUUACAUAUGUGGUUAUAGCGACCCUUGUUUUAAGCACUUCUUGUCCAGCAGCGGUCGUUUGCUUUUGAAACACUCAGGAUAGCUUUGAGCAAGCUGGACAGGAAUAACACUGAAAAACCAGCAGAUGUUAAUUGUUGCACUUAUCAUGCGAAGCUUCGUACAGUAUGAUGAGGGCAUAAAUAAAUGAGGGUGUUCCUCAAGGCCUUGUAGCACAUGUCACGAGUUUGGAGCAACAUGAUGUAUAGCACUUUUUUGAUCGCAUGCUAUAGGUUUAGCAGGUGUGGCCAUGGUUGAAGUGCAGUGCAAGGUCAAGAAAACAGAUAUCUAUGAGCAGCACCCUGGUAAAGGAGACUCUGGGAAAACUAGUGGGAAGCCUGUUGAACAUCUGGUUGACCCACUUGCUGGCUCCAUCAGGCAAAGUAUGAUAAGGAAAAGGGAGUCAUCAACACAUCAGAAGGUUUUUACAUAUAAACACUGCUAAGGUCAUAACAUGCCAACAAGUCUUAGUGCGCAGGCUAUGCACGACCAACUACAUAUGCCUUCUGUUCGGACAUUGCUUAUUGUAACUAACCAGGAUGGAGUGGACAAAAAAGAGAACAGCAGCUCCAUUAAUUUGGUUUCACUGGUAUCAACAGUGUUUUGUAAGUGUACAUUGCCAUACUCCCCAAUGCCUUCUUGGGUGACAUCAGCAAGGACCAGCUUGAGGCAAGGGGUUAAUAGACGUCUUUACAAGCUAAAAAUGCAUGCAUGCAUGGAGAGCACAUUGUGUCCAAAAAGUAGGCACUUCACAGGGGCACUGGAGAAGGAACAGGUUAUUAACAGUGGGCAAAGACAAGCUACUAAACACCCAACACUGUUGCCAUGUAACAACCUCUGAAACAAUCCCUCUUAAAGAGGAAAUCAUCUUUGUGUAUCCAUAAGACUUCCAGAACUAAUAAGACUUCCAGAACUUCCACAAUAGAAAGUAAUUUUAUAUGUCUCGUUUUCACCUCGGCCGUCAUGCAAAUGACAUAUAGCGCGGAAAAACGUGAACAUGCUGUGUGUUAGCGUCGUAAACUUCAUACUAGGCAAGGAGCUAGCACACGACAGUCCCGCGACAGACGCUAAUGAGACCAAGACGGGACAUGUCUGUGAACGCGCAAACGGAACCCCUAAGCCACUCUGCUCCUCUGCCACCCCCGCUGCACGGCUGCACCACUCGUUUCAAGCACAGCACACCAAACACACAUUCAGCGCUGAACAGUGGGCGGUCGACGCAGUUGCAUUUACAUGACUUGCAGCGAGCAGCACAUCCCUCGAUGUCCGUUAAGCAAAGUCGGACACGGCGACGCCACAUCGCGGUUCGCAGAACUUCACUGCCCAGGCGCUAGGCCACUUCGAUAUUUCCAUUGUCACCACAGAACACCUAUACAAACUGUUGUCACCACCGCCGGGUUCUCAAGAAAGCACGGGUCACACAACGUAGAUUCUGUAUAGUGCCAGAACUCAUCGAGGCCAAAGCCGCACUGCCGCACCGCCACUACUCACGGCUUUCCGCCAAGUAACACAGAACCUACAACCAACACACAAGCAACGCAUGCACGAUUACAUCAUAGAAUAAAGAAAUUACAUGAGCAAUGUUGAACAACGCGCGGUCCAGAGAACGAUCACGCCGAGGACGAACUCGCCACGGCGUCGCUCGGCGCCAGCAUCGCGCCUUCUCAAAAAUCCCUAAAUGAUGCUGUCCCUAGGCACCUAGGAUCAGGUCACGUGAGGGAUUUUUGUACGACAAAUAGACGCACGCGUUGAACAACGGUGGCAGAAUUUAAAAGUGCAUGGGUGCGUGUUGUCAGCUCCGAAGUCUGUUGAGUUUCGUGUGCCUCACGAAAUUUGUUGUUUUGGCUGUGUGCCCCGCAACAUUCUCUGUUUUAUGAAUAGACAUCGUCGGUCUGCAGCGAAAUGAGCCAGCCGAAUUCCCUGCCUAGUGUUUCAAGCCGCACGGCAGGAUCAGUGCGCAAGCUGCGCUCACCCACCAAGCGGCCAGCAGUGCCAGGCUUCGGUGGCCUUCGAAGAAGUGUCAGCACUACUGCCAUCAAAGAAAACCAGCGGGUCGGUGUUGCUGACCAACCCAAGCGGGCACGUCCUGGUGCAGCCAUGCCAGCGCCACUCAGCAGGUUGCAUCGGAAUGUCACUAACUCUGCUCUCAACCUGGCAAGUGGAACCGCCAGUGGUGCACGGUCAAAAGGUGCAGCCACCAGUGGGGCACUGGCACCAUCCGCAGCAGGCAAACGUAAGCCCUGGGACCUUCAGGGCCGUCUGCAUGAUCUUGAGGAGCGCAUGAAGAGUGUGACUGGCGAGAAGGAGCAGCUCAGCCAGCAGAGCACCAGCCGGCUGCAAGAGCUCGAGAGAAUCAAUGUUGAGCUUCAGGCCGAGCUGAACAAGAAUGCGCUGCUGACCACAAGGGUCUGCGAACUCGAGUCUGCUCUCAGCUCGUCGGAGGCUGGAAAGCAGUCGGCCUGUGCGGAGAGGGACUCCUUGUCCCUGCAGCUGCGCUCGGCCACACAGCAGGUGGCCACUCUGGAGCGAUCUCUCGCCGAUGCCACAGGAGCGCUCGCUGGUCUUCGAUGCGAGCGUGCUGCCCUCAUGGCACAGCUGGAGUCCCUAGAGUCCCAGCGAUCAACGCUGGAAGCCGAGAGGGCACGGCUGGAGUCGUCCGUCCAUGAGCUCCGUGCCAGAGUGGCAGAGCAGGAGGAGCAGAUCAACGCCGCCGAGCUGGACCGCCGCAAGUUACACAACACGCUGCAGGAGCUCAAGGGCAACAUCAGAGUCUUCUGCCGCCUUCGUCCACUGCUGCCGUCGGAGGCUGCUCCGCAGCAGCCAUUUUUGUUGCUGCCAGACGACCGGACAGUCGAGGUGAUGCGGACAGACCCGGAGACGCAGCGGCAGACGGCGCUGACGUUCAGCUUUGAUCGAGUCUUCCCGGGUGUGGCCAGCCAGGGCGAGGUGUUCGCCGAGGUGUCGCAGCUGGUGCAGAGUGCCCUGGAUGGCUACCACGUGUGCAUCUUCGCAUACGGCCAGACGGGGGCUGGGAAGACGCACACCAUGGAGGGUCCCGCAGGCGAGCUUGCGCUCGAGGAUGAGCGGCGAGGCCUGAUUCCUCGUGCCCUUCACCAGGUCUUCGAGGAGACGUUGAAGCAGCCACACUGGACGUACACCAUGGUGGCCAGCUUCAUCGAGGUGUACAAUGAGACCCUGCGAGACCUGUUGGUGCCUCCAUCCCAGCUGCAGGCAUCCGCACCGCUGCAGCUCAAGAUGGUACGCAAGGAUGGCCCUGUCGCUGUCGCUAACCUCACCGAGGUCGCCGUCACAUCAGCUGAGCAGAUCAGCCAGCUGCUACGGCGUGCACGAAAGAACCGUGCAGUGGCAGCUACCAAGUGUAACGAGCGGUCAUCUAGGUCGCACUCUGUGUUCCGGCUCGACAUCGUCGGCCACAAUAGCCACAGUGGCCUGGGUUGCCGGGGGCGGCUGAACUUGGUGGACUUGGCUGGCAGUGAGCGUCUGUCUGAGUCCCAGUCAGAAGGGGCGCGCCUACGAGAGGCGCAAAACAUAAAUCGCUCACUUGCCAACCUCGGCAAUGUCAUCCUGGCCCUGUCGAACCGGGCUGACCAUGUUCCCUACCGGAACUCUAAGCUGACGCACUUGCUGAUGGACAGCCUGGGUGGCAAUAGCAAGACAUUGAUGCUCCUCAACGUUUCGCCGCGUGAAGAGAAUAUUAAUGAGACAAUCAACUCGCUCCGCUUUGCCACCAAGGUAAACCAGUGUCACAUCGGGACUGCAAGGAAAAACUUGUAAAAAAAAAAAGAACCAACAAGGCGGUCAAGAUCAACAUGAUCAAAUUGCUGCUGCCCCGACCUUCAUUACUUGCUUUUAAAUUUUGUAACUUCAUGCUCUGCAUGAUGAAUUUUAACGGCCUUUCUAACUUUUAUAACUUGAUGCUCUGCAUCAUGAUUUUUAAUGAUUGCAUACUGCUUUUUAAUGACAAUGCAAUAAUUUGCACAUUUUUUUAAAAAUUGUGAUGUGCACUGCCAUGCUUCAGAAAUCUGGCGCUAGAAAUGGGGUGUGUGCACUUUACAUUUAAUAGCUUCGUUCAUAUCAGAUUUAUGUGUUCAGCAUGGAAAGGAAUACAUUGCCUGCCACCUAGCGUGUGACAUUGCUGAGCAGCUUGGCAGCACACAAUUUACCGUUAACUUGUAGCUCAAGCCCAUGGGGAAACUCUGUAAAUGAUGGCUGUGUGACGAGUAGAUAUAUUGCGGUAAUGGAUAAUACCCUGGUUAGCAGUUCAUGAUGUCUUGCUAUUACAUAACUAUUAUGUACAGUUUGUCUUUGCUUUCUUUUUGCCCGUGUUUUAUAGGCAUGCAAGCAUUCAAAUUGCUGCUGUCUCACGGGCUGCAAGAUAUCCAGGCUUUUGCAUUUCAUGAGGGCAUGAACAGCGACUUUUCAUGUACAAUGUAAGAUUCCUCGAAGUAGGCGUUUUAGCGUGGUAUACAUGUUGUACUGACAAUAACAUAAAUCCUUGUGCUGUGACACUGCACAAUACCCUGAAAGUGGGUCACAAAGUGGCACACCUUACUGGCCUCUUCUUUGGGCACAACAGCCGGCAGUUUGUGUUACAUUUUGGUUGUCGGGCCACGUUGAGAAUUUCCCAUAAAUGUGUCAUGCGAACAUCUUGUCAUUUGUAGAAGCUUAGAUCUGCCCUCCAAUGGCACUGGGGCUGCUGCCCCUUUGUGAAGAAUUUUUUACCUUUGUUUUAUCGUGGAAAAAUUUUAAUGUGGACUGGAUUAAAACUUCCUGGCCUAGUUCGCCACGUGGCUAAUUAUGCACUCCACAUUAUGCAUCUCUGUGGGGCACAUAAUUAGCCACAGGGCGAACUAGGCCUGUAAGUUAUUGACCGGAUGAAAAUGGUGCAGAAGAUGGCGUGGUUACCGCUUCAUGUUAGUGACCACACGUGGCAUUGAAGUGCAAGAAGGCACACCAGCAUGCAUCAGCGCCAACUUUCAACAAAAUGUCAUUGAGCUAAAUAACGCAGUUGUGUACACGAUUGCCACUACAAAUGUGAAAAAAAGCAACCAUCAAAACAUGCGCAACUUGACACUACUGCAAGACGCAUGAAGCAUUCAUACCCAAGAACGACUCAUUUCGCAGUAUGGGGGAUAGUUGCCAUGCUAACGUGCAUACAGUGCAUACGUUGAAUUCUUGUGGCCAAUUUGAUUUCACUUGUGCAUUUGCAUGUCUUUUGCCUUAAACAUUUGUGCUGUUGUGAUUGCUCUUUAUUUGCUUGUUUUGAGGAGUGCUUUUUAAAGGUGCCAUAAGUGGUUAUUGUGGAGACUUUGAAGAUGCGCUUGUCACAAAUUUUCAUUACUUCAAGUCGUAAAAUAAUUACUGUACUUCCAUCUGGAUCGAAACCAUGGAAUACCAUUCUUACUUGGUGCUGGCAACAUGGUUUCCAAUUGCUACAGCACUGUACAUUUUUUGCCUUGGUUAGUCUUAGUUUGUAAGCAUCAGUGUUGGCAUUUCCAUGAAUUUUUCUGCUGGAAUGUUCAGAAUACUGUAGAUUAUCGUUUGAAAGCUGCAUGCCACUGAAUUUGUUCAGGAUAACUUCUGCAUUUUUGCUAUUUAAAUAAAAUGUAAAGAAACUUUGAGCAAA